AUGGCGCAGCUAAAGACCCCCAGGAAAGAGGACUCCAGAGCUGCUGCGGACAGCGGCCAGGACGGCGGGAGGAGGGCCCUCUUGGCUGCCUGUGAGCUGGGUGUCUUCCACGUCCUCGCGGAGGCCCCGGGGCCCCUGGACUUGGGUGCAGUUACCACGCGCCUGGGCACCAGUUCCCACGGGACAGAGCUACUGCUGGAUGCCUGUGUGUCCUUGAAGCUGCUGACAGUGGAAAUGAGGACAGCAGAAGCUUUCUAUGGAAACACAGAGCUGCCCUGCACCUACCUCACCAGCUUCGGCCCCAAAUCCCAGUGCCACAUGCUGCUGUACCUGUCUAGGACCACCUACCGCUGCUGGGGACACCUGGCCGAGGCCGUGAGAGAAGGGAAGAAUCAGUACGAGAAGGCAUUCGGCAUUCCCUCUCAUGACCUUUUCACAGCCAUCUACAGGGUAGGAAUGUGGGACUCUGUGUCCGAUCGGUUCUUGGUUGCCAAGGUCCACGGCAGGCAGGCAGGCUUUCCCAUGUUCGUUGGCUGCAGCCCAGACCCCACACACAGAGCGAGGGGCAGCUCACCCUGCCCAAUCUGUCCAAUUCCAGGUGGCUCCGGGGCUCUGGCCGGGGAAUGCACCUCCCUGUAUCCUGACGCGAAGGUCAUCGUGUUUGACACCCCAGACGUGGUUCGGACGGUAAAGAAGCACUUCCCAGUGCCCGCGGAGGGGCAGAUAGGGUUUCAGGAAGGAGACUUCUUCCGGGACCCUCUUCCCGAAGCCGAUCUGUACAUCCUGGCCAGGGUCCCGCAGGACUGGGCGGAUCCCAAGUGCUCAGCGCUGCUGGCGAGGGUCCACCGCACGUGCAGGCCAGGUGGCGGCGUCCUGGCGAUCGAAAGGGUCCCGGACGAGGACAGGCAGGGGCCGCUCAGCACCCUGCUCUUCUCCCUGAACAUGCUGCUGCAGACGGAGGGCCGGGAGCGGAGCACGAGCCAGUGCUGUGCGCGCCUGUCUUCCGCCGGCUUCGGGGGUUUCCAGCUGAAGAAAACGGGGGGCUUUUACGAUGCCAUGCUGGCCCGGAAGUAA